GACAUUGUUUUGGCGUCAUUUUUAUGAAUCGCAAGUUUACUUUAUUUAGAAACUGCAGUUUGAAAGUAAAAUUGUUUUCAGGUUUAUUUACGAUUACGGGGUGAGGAAAGCGGAGAAACUGAAGCCAAAAUGGGUCGAUUAUGUCACCUAUAUGAUAAAGAAGAACAGCAUCAACUAUUACUUCCUUUGGCUUUACCUUUACUCCUCAGUUUAUUGAUAAAUGCAGAGACACGGAAUGGCAACGCAGAACUAGAAGUCGCGUUAGUGUAGCGUGGUUUGGAAUUUUUUUCACUUUGGAGACACUUGAGCACAGAACACGAACUGGAAUGGAAGUGCGCAGGAAAAGCGAAUCUCGCAGAAACAGUGUUUUGUAUUUAUUGUUUGGCAGUUGCUUGGGAUGUAUACUCAUUUUUGGAUAUGGGCUGAUGAACGUGCAUGACCAAAGUCCACAUUCCAAACGAAAGCCUUCCACGUUCUUCGGUGUGGAGCCAGCAAAGGACGUCAGGAAUACCGUGCGAGCUGACAGUUUUGAUUUCGGACUGAUGGAUAUUUUGCAUGAUAUUCAUACAGGAGAGAAAUUAUCCGUCAAUCAAAAUAGCGGGGCUUUCGAUACGCAGGAAUGCACCAUGCAGCAGUGUUUUGAUUUCCAACGAUGUCGUGGAUUGUUUAAAUUAUUUGUAUAUCCUGAAGAUAAAUUCUUGUCGCCGAUUUAUAAAAAUUUACUGGCAGCACUUCGAGCAUCAGGUUACGCAACCGAGAAUCCCGAAGAAGCUUGUGUAUUCGUGUUGGGUUUGGACACCUUGGAUCGGGACCGCCUUAGUGAUCAGUACAUCACCAACAUCGAUGAGCGCAUUCAUCUGGACCCAUUAGUUCAGAAAUACUGGAAUAAUGGCCGAAAUCACAUAAUAUUCAACCUGUAUUCCGGAACCUUCCCUGACUACUUCGAAGAUGACAUCGGUUUCGACAUUGGUUAUGCUAUCUUGGCGAAAGCGAGUAUGUCAACACGAAAAUUUCGCAAAGGAUUUGAUGUUAGUCUUCCGCUAUUUCAUAACACACUGCCUGUGCGAGGGGAGGAUGCUGGUCGGCUGGCACGAAGCACUCGCUAUCCCGAGUUAGCCCGAAGUUAUUUAGUAUCCUUCAAAGGAAAACGUUAUCUGUAUGGCAUUGGAUCCAACAGUCGUAAUUCGCUAUACCACAUCCACAAUGGGAAGGAUAUUAUCAUUUUGACUACAUGCCGCCAUGGAAAGCAGUCGAAGGAACUACGAGACGAACGUUGCGAUCGAGAUGAUUCUCUUUACGACCGGUACGAUUACCAAACUCUGCUGGAUAAUACCACUUUUUGCCUUGUCCCUCGGGGUCGGCGACUGGGUUCCUUCCGGUUUUUGGAAUCACUGCAAGCCGGUUGUGUUCCUGUAAUAUUAUCAAACGAUUGGGAGCUGCCUUUCACCGAAGUGAUAGACUGGAAUAAAGCAGCGGUCAUGGCGGACGAACGACUUCUGACACAAAUUCCUAGUCUGCUGAGAUCCAUCCACUUCGACCGGAUACUUAUUUACCGCCAACAGACUCAGCUACUUUGGCGACAGUAUUUUUCUUCCAUUGAAAGAAUUGUAGUAACGACUUUGGAAAUUGUUCGCAACCGCUUGGCUACCGUGCGGCGCGCGAAAGACUAUUGGAAUAAGUGGCCGGCAAUGGCCAUGUCACAAUUGACGCAUAUUGAACUGGAUAACUUUCACCGAGGAUUCAUUCAUAAUGUGCAUAAACCACGGUUGUAUACAAAGCAAAAUCUAACGAUCCUCGUCAACGUAACUAGCAAGCAAAAUUUGAUGGGACGUUUCGUGCGGCUUUUGAAAGUCAUUAACCGUAUCGGAUUUGUGGAUAAGGUCAUUGUGUUUAGCCCCUGGAAAGCCACAACACUGAGUACCCUGAACAGCUGGACCUGGUUGCGAACCCCUUUCCGUGUGGAAGACGCACAGCUGAAUUUCUCGCAACUACAGCAAGCGUUCAGAAAACAGGUCUCGACGGAAGGAGUUCUUCUCGUGCAGGACGACUGCAGUUUUACCUGGGAAGAUUUCGAGUAUGGUUUCCACGUCUGGAAGUCUUUUCCCAGCCGUAUUGUUGGCUACCGGGCAGCCUCACACUAUUGGGACGAGCCAAGCGAAUCGUGGAAAUAUUCGGACAAACUAACUAACGAAUAUUCGCUGGUCUUCAUGAAAGAAGCCUUUUUUCACGUACAGUAUUAUGGCCUUCUCUGGCAUUACAAAGAAAAAGUGGUGCCGAAUCUGCCCGAUAUUUGUUUGGAUAUUCUGCUAAAUUUCCUGGCGGCGAGAAUCACAAGAGUGCCGCCUGCGCGAUUGACCAGAAAAAUGUCGGAUGAGGAUUCUAUAACUUCUGACAUGGACAGGUAUUGGAUAACGGUACGCCAACGGAGUGAUUGCAUCAAUGAAUUGGUGCAGUUGUUUGGUUACAUGCCUCUUUUACGGUCAUCUGUUGUUUAUAAUCCUGUAUUGUAUAAAGAUAACGUGUCCAGCUACAGGAAAAAAUACCGCCAGCUGGAAAACAGUUUGAAAACCGCACCAUAGAUUUUUUGUUCUCUUUUUCGCUAUGAUCUCGAAAUGUGCAUUGUAGUAUUAGUUUACUGUGUUGUCAUUUAAAAAAGCAUUAAAAUAUGAAAA